CACCAACCCCGCUCAACCUCCAACACGCGCCUUGCUGCAACCCCCACCUCCAACUCUCACCUCGGCAAGCGCGACUACAGCGACGACAACAUCGACGUGGCCUAGCCCAUUGCGAUAAACGAUCAUUGCUGCUCCUUCCCCCCGUCUCUACACACCGCGCCCCGACUGUUCCUCCAUCGGCACUCAUCUGAACGCGACACGCGCGGCUGGGCAAGAUGCAGAUGCUCACAAAGUUUGAGAGCAAGAGCCCGCGGGUAAAGGGAAUCGCGUUCCACCCCAAGACGCCCCUCCUCGCGGCCUCGCUCCACAAUGGCACUAUCCAGCUGUGGAACUACCAGAUGGGCACGCUCGUGGACCGGUAUGACGAGCACGACGGACCUGUCCGCGGCAUCUGCUUCCACCCGACGCAGCCCAUCUUCUGUUCGGGCGGUGACGACUACAAGAUCCGCGUGUUCAACUACAAGCAGCGCAAGUGCCUGUUCACACUCACUGGACAUCUCGACUAUGUGCGCACCGUCUUCUUCCACCACGAGUACCCGUGGAUCAUCUCGGCGUCCGACGACCAGACGAUCCGUAUCUGGAACUGGCAGAGCAGGACGUGUAUCGCCAUCCUGACGGGCCACAACCACUACAUCAUGUGCGCGCAGUUCCACCCCUGGGACGACCUUGUCGUCUCGGCGUCGAUGGACCUGACUGUCCGCGUGUGGGACAUCUCGGGCCUGCGCAAGAAGAACCAGGCCCACCAGGCGCCCAUGAGCUUUGAGGAGCAGGUCGCCCGCGCCAACCAGGGCCAGGCUGACCUCUUUGGCAACACGGACGCGGUGGUCAAGUACGUCCUCGAGGGCCACGACCGCGGCGUCAACUGGGCCGCGUUCCACCCCACCCUGCCGCUCAUCGUCUCGUGCGGUGACGACCGUCAGAUCAAGCUCUGGCGCAUGUCCGAGACCAAGGCUUGGGAGGUCGACUCGUGCCGCGGCCACUUCAACAACGUGUCCAUGACCCUCUUCCACCCCCGCCACGAGCUCAUCCUCUCCGCGUCCGAGGACAAGACGAUCCGCGUCUGGGACAUGACCAAGCGCACGGCCGUCCAGACCUUCCGCCGCGAGCACGACCGCUUCUGGGUCCUCACUGCCCACCCCGAGCUCAACCUCUUCGCUGCGGGCCACGACAAUGGUCUGAUUGUCUUCAAGCUCGAGCGCGAGCGCCCCGCCUUUGCGCUCAGCGGCAACCAGCUCUACUACAUCAAGGACAAGGUUAUUCGCGUCGCCGACCUUACCACCGGCACAAGCCAGGGCAUCUGCUCGGUCCGCAAGCUCGGCUCGCAGUACAUCCAGCCCAAGACCCUCAGCUACAACCCUGCCGAGCGCGCUGUCAUCGUCACCAGCACGGCGGACAACGGCGUCUACGAGCUCGUUACCCUCCCCAAGUCUUCGGCCCCCAGCGCUGGUGACGGCAAGGACACUCCCUCGGACGGCAAGAAGGGUACCGGUAUCUCGGCCAUCUUCGUCGCCCGUAACCGUCUCGCUGUGCUCGACAAGGGCGCCCAGAACAUUGAGAUCCGCGACCUGAGCAACUCGCUCACCAAGACGGUCAAGUGCCCCGUGCAGACCACCGAGAUCUUCUACGGCGGCACCGCGUCGCUCCUCCUCGCCACGUCCAACUCGGUCGUCCUGUUCGACAUCCAGCAGCAGAAGGUCCUCGGCGAGAUCAGCACGCCCCCCGUCAAGUAUGUCGUCUGGAGCAACGACGGCAACAUGGUGGCUCUCCUCUCAAAGCACACUAUUACCAUUGCCAACAAGGCCCUCGAGCAGACUGCGCUUAUCCACGAGACGAUCCGCAUCAAGUCGGCGGCCUGGGACGACAGCGGCGUGCUCGUCUACACCACGUUAAACCACAUCAAGUACGCGCUCACCCAGGGCGACAACGGUAUCAUCAAGACGCUCGACCAGCCCGUGUACCUCACCCGCGUCAAGGGCCAGGUCGUCCACUGCCUCGACCGUACCGCCAAGCCCCGUACCAUCCCCAUUGACCCCACCGAGUACCGCUUCAAGCUCGCUCUCACUCGCCAGAACUACGACGAGGUGCUCCAGAUCAUCCGCACCUCCAACCUUGUGGGCCAGAGCAUUAUCGGCUACCUCCAGAAGAAGGGCUACCCCGAGAUUGCCCUCCACUUCAUUCAGGACCCCCAGACCCGCUUCGACCUCGCCAUCGAGUGCGGCAACCUCGACGUUGCCGUUGAGGAGGCGACCAACGUCGACCGCCCCGAGGUCUGGGAGCGCCUCGCUACGGCUGCCCUCAAGCAGGGCAACCACCAGAUUGUCGAGAAGGCGUACCAGAAGACGCGCAACUUUGACAAGCUGUCGUUCCUCUACCUCAUCACCGGCAACACUCAAAAGCUCGGCAUGAUGGGUACCAUCGCUGCCAAGCGCGGCGACCAAAUGUCCCGCUUCCAAAACUCGCUCUACCUCGGCGACGUUGAGACGCGCGUCGCCGUCCUUCGCGAGACUGGCCAGUACCCCCUGGCCUACUUCACUGCCAAGACCAACGGUCUCGACGACCUGGCCCUCGAGGUGCUCGAGGAGGCUGGCCUCACCGAGGACGAGGUUCCCGUCACGCCCUCGAGCGCUGGCCACUCGUCGCUCCGCCCCCCGCCCGUCGCCUUCUCGCAGGCCGAGUCAAGCUGGCCCAUCAAGAACCUCGGCGAGAGCUUCUUCGACCGCGCGCUCGCCAACGGCGGCGGCGUCGAGGGCUUUGUCGGUGGCGAGUCCUCGAACGCUGUCAACGGCACUGAUGAGGCGCUCGACUCGUGGGCCAACGAGGACGGCUUGGAUGCGGACGGCGAUGAUGUUGACGAGGACGAGGGCUGGGACCUGGAUGCCGAGGUCGUUGACGCCGUUGCCGAGGAGGAGGUUGACGAGGAGAUUGCUGGUGAGGUUGGUGCCGAGGCCGACUUGUCAGAAGGUGUCUCGCCAGGUGUGCGGGAAGACGACCUGUGGGCCCGCAACUCGCCAUUGGCAGCAGACCACGCGUCUGCUGGUCUCUACGAGUCGGCCAUGCAGCUCCUCAACAGACAAGUUGCCGCGGUCAACUUUGCUCCUCUGAAACCCCUCUUCCUCUCCGCGUACCGCUCCUCCCACGUCUACGUUCCCGCCAACGCCUCGCUUCCUCCUCUCGAGUUCAACGUGCGACGAAACCCCGAAACGACCGACCUGCGCGAGGUGCUCCCGGCCGUUUCUCUCGAGUUUGAGGACCUCAAGUCGAACGAGCUCGCCGAGGCCAACCGCUUCUUCAGCCGCGGCAAGUUUGCCGAGUCGCUCGCGCUCUUCCGCGAGAUCCUGCAGAAGCUUCUGCUUGUUGUCGUCAAGUCCGAGUCGGAUGCCGAGGAGAUCAAGGGCCUGGUUGUGACUGCUCGCAACUAUGUCAUUGGCCUCAGCCUCGAGGUCGAGAGGAGACGGCUGGUUGUCGAAGAUCCGGACAACAUUGUGCGCAACCUCGAGCUCGCGGCGUACUUUACGCACCUCGACCUGCAGCCUGCCCACACUCAGCUUGCGCUUCGCUCGGCCAUGGGUGUGUUCCACAAGGCGGGCAACAACGCCACGGCUGCCGUCUUUGCGCGCCGCCUCAUCGACUCUAGGCCCACCGACACCAAGGUGCUCACGCAGGCGCGCUCGAUCCUGACCAAGGCCGACCGCGACCCGCGUGACGCACACGAGAUUGCCUACGACCACUUUACCGCGUUUGACGUGUGCCCCGCGUCGCUGUCGCCCAUCUACCAGGGCUCGCCGGCGGUCGUGGCCGCGUACACUGGCGCGCGCUACCUGCCAGAGUACAAGAACACGGUGUGUGUGGUUGACGGGAUUACGCAGGUUGGCCUGCCGGCUUCGGGUCUGCGCUCGACGAUCUAAGCCGCGAGCAGGGGCCGAGCCAACACGUAGAGUACGGAGCAGCAUAGUGCCAUGGAUGGCUUUGAACGAACUUGAUACAUAGGUAAUCUCGUAUGAAGAGAUGCGUGUGUGGG